AUGCUCUUCCAGGACAUUGCUCGGUACCACCUGUAUAGCCAUAGCCCCUACAAGACUCAGGACGUAUAUGACGAACUCCCAGCGCCCAAGAAGCGCAAACUUGCGACCGGGUCGCGACCGAUCAACUCGGCGCCCCAGAACCAGAACCAGAACCGGAAACAGAACAAACCACGCCAGGUGAUUCUGGAAGUAAGAGAUGUCUCAUUCACCUUGCCACAGAGGAAGAAGCUGCAUUUGGGAAUCGCGCAGUAUGGCGCCGACAUACACAGCCAGGACACCCACUUCGCCAUCUUCACCAGGAACCCUGCGACCAGCGAAGUCGACAUGGAGGUGCCUCUUGACCAGUUCGCCCACGCGCUGCGCCUGCCCGUGCCAGAGAAGGCGGCGAAACAGUACAACUUCUGCCUGCUCCCGAAGCCGGAGUCGAGUGUCGAACCGAUCAUAUGGGCAGUCAACCACGGGCCGCUGAAGUCCUGCCACAUUUCCAGCCCUGAGCUGGCAAAGCUGGCGCCGAGCCCGGACGAGGUGCUCGAGGCCGCGCUGGACUUUGUUCUCAACAAGAGCAGCGGGGUCGGCCUCACCUUCCCGACCGCCGAGGAGUUCGCCAGCGCGAAGCCGGAAUCGCAUCGACAAGCCGACAAGGCGUAUCAUGUCAAAGCCUUCCGCGGCAGCAAGGACGGAUACCUGUUCUUCCUACAGACGGGCAUCUUCUUCGGCUUCAAGAAGCCCCUUGCCUUUUUCGCCUUUGAGCACGUCGAAUCUAUCUCGUACACGUCGGUCCUGCAACGCACGUUCAACCUCAACAUCGCCUACAGGCAGCCGCCGCCAGGCGGUGACAGUGGGUCUGAGAACAUCGACAGUGCCGCCAUUCAAGAAGUCGAGUUCUCCAUGCUCGACCAAGCCGAUUUCCCGGGAAUAGACGCCUACGUCAGGCGCCAUGGUCUGCAGGAUGCCAGCCUCGCCGAGUCGCGCCGCGCUACGAAGAAGGCGAAUGCCGCCAAUGCGAAUGGGAAGCUGUCCGCUCGCGAAGAUGCCGCUGGUGGCUCUGGCCAGCUCGACGACGAAGAAGAAGAUACACGGACCGAGUUGGAGAAGGCACAGCAGCAACUGGAAGACGAAGAGGACGAGGAAGAGGAGGACUACGACCCCGGCAGCGAGGGCGAGAGCGACGGAAGCGGAUCGUCCGAGAGCGAGGCCGACGACGAGCAAGAUGGCCGGGGAAGAAAGAUGGCCAAACCCCGCAAUCUGGUCGCCGACGAGUUGGGGAGUGAGGCCGAGGACGUCAGUCUCUCCGAAGACGAGGCAGAGGCAGAGGACCCGGCAGAUGAAGAAGAUGUCGGAGAUGCCGCGGAAGACGGCGAUGAAGGGGAUCCCUACGACGACGACGUUGAUGAGCACCCUGCACCGUCGACCGAAGAUAAUGCCGCUUCGUCACACGGUCACCAACCAGGCUGGAGAUUUGAGGCGGGCAUGCCAGAUCCAGAAGACGAGGAUCAGUUGUGA